CGAUUUUGACGAAACAUCAGUUUGAAAUAGUGGCACGACGAGUCUGUUUCCUUUCCUUGAAUCUUGUCUGAGCAGAAAAGAAAUGGAAUAUUUACGGUAACGAGAUAAGAAGUAGCGUUAAGUUCAAAGAAACGAAAUAAAAUUAUCCAUGCCGAUGAGCGUCUUGUUCCACUCAGUUCCACUCUGAUAAUUGUUGUAACGAGUUUAAUGGCCGCGAAUAUAUGUGAGUGAAAAUUAUUCAUAAAAUGAUUUCGCGAAAGCAAUCAAAUAUCUAUUUUGAAUUACUUUUCUAUAAAAGUAAUUGUCAUUGCACUCGUACGUAAUGAUAUUGCGAUUAUUAUGCUCAUAGAAUUGAUUUAUUAUAACACUUGAUACGGCCUUUGUUCGAUAGACUGAGCAUUAGGUAUUCAUUUGCAUAAUGGCUAAAAGAGAAUUUGAAUGGAAGAAGGAUAAUGUUGAGUGAUAUAUGUUUAUGAACGAUUGAUUCUAAUAAAGAUGAAUACGAUACGAGAAAAAUUUAAUAUAAUAGAUGAAUCGUUUUUGAAGACUGCAGCGAAUGUCAUAAGAUUCUUUGAAAAUGAAGAAAGGGAGGAGAUGUUACAGAAACUUAGGAUGGCUGUAGAAAAUCGUUAUAUAGCAGAUAUAAAACUACAGAAAGCUGAACAAAUCUCUGAAACACUUAGUGCACAGUAUGGGGAAGACGAAUCAAAUCUUCAGCAAAUGUUAGAGGAAUAUAAGCAACAGGUAUCGCAGAUCAAUCCAGAUGUGAUUGGUCUUAAGCAUUUACAAGAAUAUGACAAAAAAGUUGAAGCUCUAUUACAAGCUAUGGCUGAAAAUGACCAACUGCAGAAUAACGGGGAUGAAGAUAUAGAAUUAAUGCAAGGAACUGUAAACGUAAUUGAUCCUAUAACAAAGAAGAGAAUGGUCGAUCCCAUGAAGAACACCUGCGGACACUCUUAUGAAAGAGAAAGCAUUAUAGCUUUACUAAAAAGCAACAAAAAGAUGAAGUGUCCAGUUCCAGGUUGUCGAAACAAGAACUCCAUAGAGUUCAGCCAACUGCAACCAGACAUUGUGCUGAAGACUUAUUUAAGUCAGCAUCCAAAUUGAUUAAAGUUCUAUUAAGUCUCUUUCUUUUUAUUUUCAAGCAUUCCCGUAGACAUCGUGCCAAGUUCAAG